GGAACAGAAAUCGGCACCAUCAUGUCCCGCAAUCGCCUCAGUAUUCGCAUACCACUGCCAGGAGCAUACAAAGGCCGCCAUGGAGCACUUUGUCGGGAGGCUUCAGUAAUCAACAACAGCUGUCAACCAAACGCAAUAGUCGAGUGGAUUCCAGACUCUUUCUCCUUCUCCUGUCGCGCAGUUCUCCCAAUCUCCAAAGGCGACGAGAUAUUUCGCGCCUAUAUUCACCCGCUCACCCCACGCGACCGCCGUCGUCAGGCCCUCAAAGCUUCGUGGGAUUUUGAAUGUCAAUGCCCCAGCUGUGCCCUGCCAGAUGCAGAAUCCGCCAAGAGCGACGAAGCGCGACAGUUAAUCCAGGACGACUUCGACCAUAUCUUCAAUAGCCCCUAUAGCCAGAUGGAACUCCAGGCCUGGCUUACCGAUUCAAGAUCCCCAGAACGGCGCAUGCCGGAUGACUAUUUUGUCGAGACCAGCGAGCGAAUGCUGCAGCUGAUGGACCAGGAACAGUGCGAGGAACCAGAACACCGUGCCUGCCACUACUUUCGGCUGAUAUUGUCUGCUGCGGCGGUGGGUGAUUUGAAACGGAUGCGCAAGUGGGCUCAACCGUUGCUUGACAUACGGCAUAUGGAUGAGAAGUAUGUCAAGUUCGGGCAAACAGCACUCAGUGAUCCAGAGGCGCUGGAUGUUUGGGGCAUUAGGACUUGGAACUAA